AUGAUGUCGGUGUUCGGCAUUUCGUAUUGCUGCAGUAACUGCAAUGAUAUAGGUUUGUGUAUAACGUAAUAUUUAAUAAGUAGCCAACUAUAGGUACUCAAUUAAUGCUGUAAAAUGGGUUCAUUUUUGUUAAAAUAAUCAAACAGCAAUUGUUAAUAUUAUUUUUCUGUAUUCUAUAAUGUAAGUACGCUAUAGGAUUGAAAAAAAAAAAAUCAAAGAUUUAUUUUUCAUCCUUAUUUUUUCUAGUAUUUUCUAAAUCUGUUUUAAUAUGUAUAAUUGAUUUUUAUUAGAACUGCCUUUUACUAACGAAACUAUAAAGCAAUAUAAUCAAAGAACUGUUAAUAUACGUAAGUUAAUUAUCAGUUAUUACUUUUUUAUUUGCACUUAAAAAUUGUAUUUACACUUUAACGCUUAAACACUUUAAAUAUAUUUUUGGGAAAUUCAAAUACUUAUAUACAGAAAAAAAAAUUACGGAAAAAAUAUCUCAAAAAUUUGAAUGAAAACGUGCAAUAAAUAAUCGGCUGAUAAAACGAAAUAUUAGUUUUACGAAAAAACAGUGUUUUUUUUACGUAGAAUUUAUUAUAUGUUUAGAAAAAUUCGAUUUAUUAAUUCAGAAACAUUUUCUAUUUAAAAAUGGAAUUGUAGUGAACAAACUAUUAGUUUUACUAACUGUUUUUUUCUCGGAACACUUUUUCAGUUAGUUAAAGUGUUCCGAUUUUCAUAUUUCGUUGCUUUAAAUUUGAUGAUGUUCUAUUUAAUGGUUCUUCAUUUAAAUACUCGUUUGAAAUUCUCAAUACAUUUUCUAAAAAGUUGCAUUUUAUGUUUUUAACAUUUUUAAGGAAGAAUUAUUAUAAGCGAAUUUGAUGGUUCUUUUGAAACUAUAAUAUUAAUUGUAUUAUCUUAUUAUUAGAUAAACAGAUCUUAUUAUGAGAUAGUCGUGAAAUCAUUGUUUUGAAAUAAGUUGUUCAGGGAGAGUUUUUUUCGUCCUAAGAAUAAGUUUUCCAUAUCUACAGAUGAGAAUUGUGUGAGAGAUAUUUAUAACAAUAAGACUAAAGAAGAUUUGUUCGGUUCGCUUUUAUAAUCAUGUAUUGCAUUUUAAGUAUCAAGUAUUUGUUAUACUUACCCAUAAGAUGUACUGAUUAAUGGAUUCACUCAUGUCAUUUGUGGCCAGCGAACGGCUUCCCCAAGUAUUUAUUUUGUAAAGUGUUAUGGCCCGAGCUGAAAUGUGCAAUGCAGAUUGACAAAGGAAUGUAGUUCGUGGUAGUCAUAAGACAUAAAUUGACUAACGAUCACCUGAAUAAUUAUAGUUUUGAACAAAAAACAUUAUAUAAAACACACGUGAAAAGUAUUAGUUUCCUUAGAGUCCUCCCGAAAUUAAAGGCACUUUUGAAAUGUUAGUUUAGUAAUGAUUUUUUUAUAGUUUUUAUGAAAAUAAGAACAUGGGGGAUUUUUCAAAAAAGCGUUAAACGUUAUGAAAUAUAUUAUAAUUAAUUGAGUAUCAUUAUUUACUUAGAUCCCAAUAAAAAGAUAGAAGACGAAGAUUUCGAAAAGCUGGAAAUUUGUGAGUUUUUUUUUUUGUGCAUUUUUAAGGUUUUUCACUGCAUUAAAUUUACAGCCCUAGUAAUUAUUAUUAAUUGUUACAUAAUAUUAUUUAUUAAUAUAAAACUCAACUAAUAUUAACAUAUGAUGACUAUUCAUACAACUUCAAAAUAUUUUUAAAUUCAGACUAUAAGAAAUUAAGAGGUAAGUAUCAUGAUCUUCAAAAUAACUCAAUUCAAUCAUUUUUCCAUCUAAAUCAUUAUCCGGGAUUCGUCAACUAA